CUCAGCCCUCCUUCCGCCCGCACUGCGCGUGCGCGCGCCGACCGCCAUCUUGGGGCGAGGGACCCGCGGAGCCUGCGGCAGCACUGCAGAAUGGAGAACUAUAAGAAGACCAAAAUCGUGGAGAAACCUUGUCCUCUUCCUUUCACCAGCCUGCCCCCUGAUAUUAUUGAAAUGAAAGUGAAGGAUGGGAGUAAAAUCAGAAAUCUGAUGGGCUAUGCCAUCGGCAAGAUGGAGCUGGACUCAGUGAGGCAGAUCCUUUUCACUGGCUCAGGCAAAGCGGUCAGCAAGACCAUUACCUGUGUGGAAAUCAUGAAACGAAGGCUCAAAGAGCUGCAUCAGAUCACCAAAGUGCUCUUCAAACAGAUUGAAGAGAUCUGGGAACCCAUUGUGCCUGAGGCAGGCCUUGAUGCCUUGACAGUGAAGAGAAACAUUCCUGCCAUAUGCGUCUUACUCAGCAAAGAUGCCCUCGACCCUCAGGAGCCGGGAUACCAGGCUCCAGGCUCCUUUGACGCCUUCUGGAUCGAGACGCUUAAGGCAGAGUCACAGGGUCAAAUGAAGAGGAAGCAGGGUGGAGGCAGGGGAGCUGGCAGCACAGGCAAGCACCCUCGGUCCACUGGAGGAGGGCCUGGGGAGUCCUGUGCCAAGUCCUGAGGUGUCAGCACUGUGUUUGGGUGUAGUUUGGGGGAGUUACAGAAACAAGCCAGCUGUUGUGGCUGGAAAGCUGCUGCUAAACAUGGGGGCUUGCGGAGUGGUUAGGGGAGGGCAGAAGUUAACUGUUUCAAAAUGGAUGUGAUUGUUGCUGCCUGAAACUGUGUUUUGACAAGUUCCUUUGUCAGAGGCUGCCAGGCUGUACUCCUUAGCAUGCAGUUCAGGGAAGAGGGGUGUUCUCCACCUGAGCAAGGACCAUUGGCGUCUCGUUGGUGAGCCCCAGCGAAUGGCUGCUCGCCGAGUGGGGUUUUGGCUGCUCAGGGCAGCGUGGCAGCCCAGGGAGCUGGCCUGUGUGCUGGGUACCCACUUGUGUGGCAGGUGGAGGUGGCUCCUGCUGUGGUGCUGAGGGGAGGAGGGACCCGGUUCGGAUUCACCCGGCUGCCACCUGCAUCACUGGAGCAGACGGUGGGGCACAGGGCUGUGUCAGCUGCUGCUUCUGUGCCCAAAGGUCCAUCUGCUGAGCCCGCUGGGCGGUUCGAAUGUAGGACUGUGGGGAUACAACUCUGUCUGUGAUGGUGUGUGUGCCGUGCCCUUUCUGUCCUCCUUUCGCCUCGGUGGAGCUGACAGUUACACCUCUCUCUGCCAAAGUGGCAGGAGCCGACUCAUGUCGUAACCAGCCUGAAAUCCUGUAGCUGCGCAAGUGCCCUGGGGUGGUGGUAACAGUAAGCUCUGAAUGACCCUGUUCAUUCCCCUUUCUGCUCCUUUAUCGUGCACAGAGAUGGAUUUAAAAUAAAGUUUCCUCUUCGUGUAACAUGAAA